AUGCCUCCCAAGACAAAGCUACCCCCAGGCUUUGAUCGUUAUGAUGGAACGAGAGACCUUGAGGAUCACCUGCAUGCCUUCCGGGGAGCGGGGCAGCUAGGAAGAUGGCCCAUGCCAGUAUGGUGCCACAUGUUCGUACAAACCCUAACGGAGGGAGCCCGGCUUUGGUUUGACAGUCUUCCCCCGGGGAGUAUAGAUAGCUAUGAAGAAUUGAGCGAGAAGUUCCUCAGGAACUUUGGCCAACAGAGGAAGGUGGUCAAAAAUCCAAACGAGAUUCUUCAUAUCAGACAAAGGGAUAACGAGCGAAUAGACCAAUACAUGGAAAGGUUUUUUAAGGAAAGCAUGAACAUCAAGGACGUCCCAGAGGUCAUGAAGAUCAGUAGUUUCAUAAACGGGUUGAAACAUGCACAGCUGUGUGAAAAACUGGGAGAGGAAUUUCCUCCUUCCUUCGACAAUCUUAUGGAUAGAGUCAGGGCCUUUGUCCGGGGAAAAGAUACAGUCAGCAAAGCGAAGGAGACGGACGUCACGCCUCGGAGGGUCACCCCGGCUGCAAGGCCUCCUGAUAAAGGCACACCCUAUUUCCGGAAACCUGCCUUUGAUAGAAUGUUGCAUGACAGGGCAAGGCCCUCAUACUCCCCAUAUAGACCCCGAGGGAGAGGUCCCCCUCCGUACUCCGAUUACUUCACCCCUCUCACCAAGACCCCAAGUGAGAUACUAGCCACAGAGAGGGUAAAGAAUUCUUUCCCAAGGCCACCACCCAUAAAACCAGGACCGAAGGCACAACCGAACGAGUACGGUGAGUUUCACAAAGGCUUUGGGCACAAAACCGAUGACUGCAUGUACCUGAAAAGGGAAAUAGAAACCGCGGUGAAAACGGGGAGGUUGGCCCACUUGGUCAAGGAAAUCAAGGAGGGGGGAGGGGAUCGCAAGGGAAGAGAUGCAAGGGAGCCAGGGAGGGCAGAUGUUGAUAUGAUUAGAAGGAGGAAUGAGUUCGAUACCACCAGAAGUGUAAAGGCCAGAAUCCUAGGCUCCCCGAACUGCAUGAAAGCUCCCAUCCUUAUGCCAUACCUAGAAGAAAGUGAGGUGCAACGACUCUCGCUGAACAUCUCAGCUGUAAUAGCCGGACACAAGGUGUCUCGAAUACAUGUGGAUGGAAGGUCAGGCGUUGAGGUAAUAUACGAACACUGUUUUCUUAGGUUCGACAGGGAUGUAAGAGAUAGAUUGGAGGAAGAUUCUAUCCCCUUAGUGGGAUUCAACAACAGUGUGUCGCAUCCCCUGGGAAAGAUCAGGCUCCCAUUCCUAGUUGGGGUAGGGGAUCGGGUCCGAACGAUAAAUCUGACCUUCACAGUAGUCAGGGCACCCUCUAAGUACAAUGCGAUCUUGGGAAGACCCGGGAUUGGAGACCUGCAGGCACAAGCAUCCACCCCUACGGGGCUUUAG